UCCCGUGGAGUCUCAUACGAAUCCAAGACUACAUCGCCAGACAACCUUCUCUACGCGAAUAGUUCCUUCCCUAUAUAAAACAAAGAUAUUGAGAAUAGCCGACAGAGAAGCUGGACACGAUCACACGAGGAUGGAGCGUUCUUCUUCCUCGCUCGCCCGCAGCAGCGUCGCCCUCCUGCUGCUGCUGGCUCUCCUACUCUGUUCUUUGGCGUGCUCGGCCGCGGUCCAAGUUUCUCUGGACGGAAGCCGCGAGGGGCAACGUCCUCCAGCACCCUGGGCCUCAGGCGCAAGGUCGAAGUACUGCCCAGGCUGCAGCGACGACGGCGUCCCUCCGCCGCCGGCUGCAAGUACGUCGGCACUUGCGCCUCACCGCAAGACCCUGGGGAUUGCUGCGAUGAUCCCUUCCACAGUUCCACGCGUGCCACCGACACCGAUGCUAGAUGAUCUGUUCUUUUGAUGAUGAUGAUCAGACGGCUUAAAAGUCAAAGCAGAGAAAUCUAAGCUAGCCUUUACCACCCAGACAAUGUUGCAUGUUGGCUCUCCAAACUAAUUGUAAGCGGAAGUUUUGCCUUUGGCCGA